GUGAUCAUCUAUGUCCGAUCACAGCUGAUCGCAUCUGUCACUCUGACAGCUCAAGAGGAGAGCAGAGCCGGUAAUCGGCAUUCCUCAGAGGGGUAUAUGUAUACUGAUCAUCAGGGCACUGAUGAUCAGUGUGCCCUGAUGAUCAGUGUAGCCCCAUUAGUGACACCUGUCAGUGUCCAUCAAUGCCAGAUGUCAGUGCUCAUCAAUGCCACCUGCCAGUGCCCAUCAGUGCCACAUCAAUGCCACAUAUCAGUGCCUACCAGUUCACAUCAAUGCCACAUAUCAGUGCCCAUCUGAGCUGCCUUUCAGUGCCACCUAUCAGUGCCAGUCAGUGCCACCUAUCAAUGCCAGUCAGCGCCACCUAUCAGUGCUGCCAAUCAGUGCCACCUAUCAGUGCCACCUAUCAGUG